UUCAGCUAAACGCACGCGCUUCGUCGUGUCGCGUACUCGAUUACGAUUGAAAAAAAAAGAUAAAAACGUCAAAUGAAUUUAGAAAUUCAGCCUUUUGUUUUGUAAUUCGUCUUAGUUUUAAUACAUUUUGAUUACAGUAGUGUUUUAGUGUAUUUGUUAAGUGAUAAUGUUUUUUUAUCUCGUGUCUAAGUGAUGUGACAUUUUAAAACAAAUAUAUUUUAAGAUACAUCACCAGAGAAUUAUGUGGCUGAGCCAAAAUACGAUCGCGUAUAUUAUGAUAAGAGUGAAGCAAUUAUAUCACAAGACAAGCUUCCGGUAGUCAAUAGUCAGCCUGCGGAACAAUGGAGGAUAGCAGGUUCACCGUAACGGUCGAGUCGGAGAACAAGAAGAAUGGCAUCCAUACAGGCGCGAGUAUUAUCACGCGGCCGCUACGGUCUUCUGCGGAGACUGCGGAGCGGGGGGAUGCAGUUGUUGGCUCCCAACCUGAUACAUGGCUGCACGAUGCUGGCUGGCGCAGGAAGCGCUCGUUGGCCCAGCUCACCAGGGAAGCGUUGCCGCGUAUGGAGAAUUAUAGGAACUCAAAGCGUGCUUUGAAAAGGCCCAGCUUGGGAGAGUUGCAUGGAGACAAUCUUAUCACUGAAGAGGACGAACAAAGACAAAACCAAAGGGAUACGAAAUCACCGACGCCUGUAGUCGGAAUAAAAUUAGGAUGGAUUCAGGGUGUGCUGAUACCAUGUCUUCUAAACAUCUGGGGUGUGAUGCUGUUUCGUGGAAUUUAUUACAUCAUUUCGAGAUCUUUGGGGCCAGAAUUCGGCGCGUCUGUUGGUAUUAUCUUUGCAUUCGCAAACGCAGUCGCGGCCAGUAUGAACACAAUUGGUUUCUGCGACUCCAUGAACGAUUUACUGUCGACCCAGGGUCUAAAGAUCAUCGACAAUGGGCCCAAUGACGUCCGCAUCGUGGGUACAAUCGCAUUGAUACUGAUGUGCAUUAUUUGUGCUGUCGGAAUGGAUUGGGAGAGCAAAGCACAGAAUUUUCUGAUCGCGAUAAUCAUUGUUGCAAUGGUUGACUUUAUGGUAGGAACAUUUAUGGGACCGAAAGAUGUUGAAGAAAUUUCUAAAGGAUUUGUUGGAUUGAGUGCAACGGUAUUCGAUUCGAACUUGGGCGCGGACUUCCGCUACAGCGAGAACUUGGAGCAGAACUUCUUUACGGUUUUCGCCAUCUUCUUCCCCUCGGUAACUGGGAUUCAAGCGGGAGCUAACAUCUCCGGAGAUCUUAAGGAUCCGGCAUCAGCUAUUCCCAAGGGCACACUGUUAGCUCUGCUGAUCUCCAUGGUGAGCUACGCGCUAAUGGUUCUGAUCUCCGGUGGGGGCGCGCUGCGGGACGCCAGUGGCAACCUUACUGAUGUCCUCUCACUCAACGGCACUGUUAUCGACUUUAGCGCCGUCAGCGAUUGCGUCAAUACAACACUCGGAUGCAAGUACGGCUUGCAUAACAGCUACUCGGUGAUGCAACUUAUGUCAGCGUGGGGCCCGUUGAUCUACGGCGGGUGCUGGGCGGCGACGCUGUCGACGGCGCUCACCAACCUGCUGUCGGUGCCGCGGCUGAUCCAGGCGCUCGGCGUGGACCGCAUCUACCCCGGACUUAUCUUCUUCGCUAAGCCCUACGGCAAGCACGGCGAGCCCUACCGCGGAUACGUCCUUACGUUCUUCGUCUCUCUUAUCUUCCUUCUAAUUGCUGACCUGAAUACGAUAGCGCCUUUAAUCUCCAACUUCUAUCUGGCUUCGUACGCACUCAUCAACUUCUGCACGUUCCACGCGGCCCUCGUCAGACCUCUUGGUUGGCGACCCACAUUCCGGUACUACAACGUGUGGGUGUCUCUACUGGGCUUCCUGAUGUGCGUGGCGAUCAUGCUGCUCAUCAGCUGGGUCAUGUCACUCGUCACCUUCGCUAUCUUCUUCACUCUAUACCUCAUAGUCCAUUACCGGAAACCAGACGUGAAUUGGGGCAGCAGCACGCAGGCGCAGAUGUACAAGACAGCGCUGGCGAGCGCGCACAGCCUGGCGCGCACUGGCGAGCAUGUAAAGAACUACUGGCCGCAGCUGCUGGUGCUGGCGGGCCGGCCGCAGCACCGCCCCGCGCUCGUCGACCUCGCCCACCUGCUCACCAAGGCGGGCUCCCUCAUGAUCGUUGGCGACAUAUCUCCCACGAAGAUGUCGUACAAGGAGCGCGCUCGCGCGGCGCAUUUAUUGACACUUACCACAUCUCGUUCGUUUACGAUAUCAGAGAAGAGCGACAAGGAAAAGGAGAAGGAGAAAGAGAAGAAAAAGGACAAGAAACCUGUUGAUUUCCACAAGCAGAUUAUUUACAAAUCAUCUUCCGGCCUCGAGGUGUCGAACGACCAGUUAACGCAGAUGAGCAUAUUCCAGCGGAAACAGGAGGCGGGCACGGUGGACGUGUGGUGGCUGUACGACGACGGCGGGCUGACGAUGCUGCUGCCCUACAUCCUGUCGCAGCGCUCCAGCUGGGCCAGCUGCAAGCUGCGCGUCUUCGCGCUCGCCAACAGGCACCACGAGCUCGAGCUGGAGGAGAGAAAUAUGGCGAACUUGCUGGCCAAGUUCCGCAUCGACUACUCGUCGCUGACGAUGGUGCAGGACAUCACGGAGGCGCCGCAGCCGGAGACCAAGCAACUCUUUGACGAUAUCAUCAAGAGCUUCGUCAGUGACAAUGGAAGAGAAGAAUGCCGUAUCAGCGAGUCCGAGCUGUCGACCCUGGCGGAGAAGACCAGCCGCCAGCUGCGGCUGCGCGAGCUGCUGCUGGCCAACUCGCAGGAGGCGCGCCUCGUCGUCAUGUCGCUGCCCAUGCCUAGGAAGGGUUCGAUCUCUGCGCCGCUGUACAUGGCGUGGCUGGAGGUGAUGAGCCGCGGCUUGCCGCCCAUGAUGUUCGUGCGCGGCAACCACACCUCCGUCCUCACUUUCUACUCGUAACUUUGCAAAUAUAAACAUGGAUGAAGGGACAUAUGUCAGGACCCACCUUUACGUGAACACCUUCCAUUACCAAAUAAAUCACAUGUGAAAGAACGCAUAAGAAUAAAUUAAUUAUUAAUUAACACUUUAUUUAAUUCUCUAAUAUAAAUAAAAUGUUAAU